AAAUGCUGUUAUCAAGCAUCGUAUUUCCUGACUCUUCUAAACCCUAAGCAUUCACUCCCCCCUUCCCACCCCCUUCGCCUCUCUUCCUCUGUUCCAAUGGCUGUAGCUGCUGCUCGACCUCUCGUGACGGUCCAGCCGUUAGACGGCGAUAUGGCGACGGACGGAGGAAAUUCCGUUCCCCUUCCCGACGUGAUGAAAGCUUCCAUCCGUCCAGAUAUAGUAAACUUCGUCCACUCCAACAUCUCCAGGAACAGUCGCCAGCCCUACGCCGUCAGCAAGCGCGCAGGCCAUCAGACCUCAGCAGAGUCAUGGGGUACUGGUCGUGCCGUGUCUCGUAUCCCUCGAGUUCCCGGUGGUGGUACUCACCGUGCUGGCCAGGGUGCCUUCGGUAACAUGUGCCGAGGCGGACGCAUGUUUGCUCCAACCAAGAUCUGGCGCCGCUGGCAUCGCAAGAUCAAUGUUAACCAGAAGCGCUACGCCGUGGCCUCUGCACUCGCUGCUUCUGCUGUUCCUUCUCUCGUCCUUGCCCGUGGUCACAGGAUCGAAAAUGCCCCCGAGAUUCCUCUUGUUGUUGGUGAUUCAGCCGAGGCUGUGGAGAAGACAUCUGCUGCUAUCAAGGUACUUAAGCAGAUCGGUGCUUACCCCGAUGCUGAGAAGGCCAAGGACAGCGUUGGCAUCCGGCCUGGCAAGGGUAAGAUGAGGAACCGCAGGUACAUUUCUCGCAAGGGCCCUCUCAUUGUUUAUGGUACCGAAGGAUCCAAGAUCGUUAAGGCUUUCCGUAAUAUCCCUGGUGUUGAGGUCGCUAAUGUGGAGAGGCUCAACCUUUUGAAGCUCGCUCCCGGUGGUCAUCUUGGCCGGUUCAUCGUCUGGACUAAAUCAGCUUUUGAGAAGUUGGACUCAAUCUAUGGCACUUUUGAGAAGCCCUCGGAAAAGAAAAAGAGUUACGUUCUUCCCCGAUCUAAGAUGGUCAAUGCUGAUCUUACUAGGAUCAUUAACUCUGAUGAGAUUCAGUCUGUAGUGAGGCCGAUUAAGACCGAGGUUAAGAGGGCAACACUUAAGAAGAACCCAUUGAAGAACUUGAACACACUUCUUAAGCUUAACCCGUAUGCUAAGACUGCUAGGAGGAUGGCGCUUUUGGCUGAAGCUCAACGAGUAAAGGCUAAGAAAGAGAAGCUUGACAAGAAGAGGAAGCAAGUCUCUAAGGAGGAGGCUGCGGCUGUAAAGGCUGCUGGCAAGGCAUGGUAUCAGACGAUGAUAUCAGAUUCUGACUACACAGAGUUCGAUAAUUUCACGAAAUGGCUUGGUGUAUCCCAGUAAUGAGUGCUCUCUUAGUCAAGGCAUUUGGAAUUCAGUUACCAUUUUCUGUUUUUUGUUGGGAACUUGCAUUGGAAGCUCGUCAAUAUUUUCUCUCAUAUUUAUUAGAUGGAAAACGUGAACAUAGAAGACAUGAAUUUGGGUA